GUAACCUAAAACCGCAAAUAGUCCCAUAGCGCAACCUAUUGGUGAGGUGCAGUAUUAAGUUGCUUAAGACUUGAAACUUUGCUUCCGUCUGCUCGAAAGUAGAUGGCGCUGUACUAAACAUAUUCAUGUCUUGUUUCAGGUACAUACACUAGAUUUUUUUAUAUUAAGUUAGUAAGUAUGGAGGAAAAAUAAUUGUUACGGGAAAUCUGGGACGUUCGCUACCAUAGGAGCGGCGCGCUGGGCGGGCUGGAGGUGGUGGAGGGCGGUCUGGUAGGUGGCGAGCUGGCGGCUCACGUGCUGAGCGCGCAGGCCGCCGCCCACGCCGCGGCCACUGCGGCCGCGCAACAACAACAGAUGGCAGUGCAGCAAAUCAUGUGUCCGUCAGAGAACUCACCAUCUUCUGGUCGUUCCACUCCUGUGACGACCGCCACUGGGAACACUUCACCGUCACCCAGCAAGCUGUUUGUGGGCGGCCUCAGCUGGCAGACGAGCUCGGAGAAGCUGAGAGAGUAUUUUGCCAUGUUUGGAGCCGUAACCGACGUUUUGAUUAUGAAGGACCCCGUGACACAGCGCUCGCGCGGCUUCGGCUUCAUCACGUUCCAGGAGGCGGCGUCCGUGGACAAGGUGCUGGCGGUGCCCGUCCACACGCUGGACGGCAAGAGGAUCGACCCCAAGCACGCCACGCCCAAGUCGGCGCCCAAGCCGGCCAAGACCAAGAAGAUCUUCGUGGGCGGCGUCGGCCAGGACACGUCGGCGGACGAGGUGCGCGCCUACUUCGCGCAGUUCGGAGCCGUGGAGGACGCCGUCAUGCUCAUGGACCAGCAGACCAAGAGACACCGCGGCUUCGGCUUCGUCACCUUCCACUCCGAGGAGGCCGUGGAGCGCGUGUGCGACAUCCACUUCCACACCAUCAAGAACAAGAAGGUGGAGUGCAAGCGAGCUCAGCCCAAGGAGGCGGUGGCGGCCGCCCCGCUGGCGCUGGGCAAGCGGCUGGUGCUGCGGCCGGGACGCGGGCUGGUUUACGCGGGAGGCGUGGGUGGAGUGGGAGCCGUCGGCGGCGUGGGCGGCGUGCCGGCCGUGGGCGCGCACGCCUACCGCUACGCGCCGUACGCCUUGCCGGGGUCGCUGGUGGCCCCGCAGCCCGCCCCAGCCCCCGCCCUGCCCCAGUUCGGCGCGGCGUACUCCCUGGCCGGCGUGGACAUGUCUUCGUUCCAGGGCGUGGACUGGAGCGCCAUGUACGGCGUGCCGAUGUACAUCUGAGCCGGUCCGCCGGCCGCCUUUUGUUUGUGAACGGUUCCUACACUUUGUUUUCUCUCGGACCCGGCGUCCUCUUGCCGCGUGUCGGUCCGCGUCCGGAGCCCGCUCGGGGCCGACUCGCUCCUCGAGGGACUGUCGCCCCCGACGCGGGACCCCAAGCAAAGAAUGCGCAUUUCGUUUAUUAUUUUUUUUUAUUAUAAGGCGAAGAUCUCAGAUAAUUUAGUUUGCUAAAACAAUUUUUUCCAUAUUAUAUUUCUUGAAUUUGUAUUAUUAUUAUUAUUAUAGUAGCGUAGUGCACGAUCGCCGGCGGUGCGCUGGUGUUUCUUUACUGGACUGGACGUUGAAUCUCUUGCAGCUCUGUAUUUUUUAUAUUUAAUGUCCUCGUCGGUCGGUCGCCAUGUGACGUGCGCCUCUCGGCUCGCCGCUAUCCCUUGCUCGUGCCAUUAAAGACGUCAUUGUGCCAAACUGUCUUCAGUAACAAACUCAACAUUGGCUGGUUCCGGUUACAAUACAAACAGACGUCACCCGCCGGCGAACGGUUUCCGUACGCAGGCCGGACGUCACUGUCACUGUCACUGUCAGUGUGACGCACGUCACGCGGCGUCUGACUCACACAUACAUAUCUAACGAGUAAAGCAAUCAUAACAUGCCACUUGUAUGACUUAGUAGUUAUCACACCUCAGCAGCGGCGGGAGUGUCUCCCGUACAGUGAAGUGCAAAGAUAUUAGAAGAAUAUUUUACUUUAAUCGAACAGUCGUAGUUUGCGCGUCGAAAUAAACCCCGCGAGUAUUCGAAAGAAGCAAAGCACGAGAGAGGCUCAAACACGGGACAGACUCGUCCGCUGCGGCGCCGCGGCUCCGGCCGAGCUGGCCUGGCCUGGCUCUCCGAGGAGGCGGCCGGGUCCCCUCGGCCGGACCGUCCGUGAGCCAUCCCACGACGUUUCGGCUCAGCCCAGUGUUUACAGAUCGGCUUCGAUGCUGACGGACACGGAGACCUCGUGGGGUGGUGGCCGCGGCGCGGGUCCUUAGUGCGUAAUUUUAAUUAGUUUAGCAGUUGUAAGGGAAUGCGAACUAACACACCGAGUGUACCGUGACAAUAAGUAUGAUAAGACGCCGCCCGCCCGCGCCCGCCCGCGCCCGACCUCAUGACUGUGACUCUACUCUUCGUAUUUGUCUGUAGUGUUUUACGCUCACUUAAUUUUACUCCGGGGUCGCGACCCCGCCCCACGUCGGGCGCCAAAAGUGACGAGUAUUAUCGGGAGUGAUGGUUGAUUGUAGUUAUUGUCUUAGGUUACAUGAUAUGGAUAUAACUUAAAGAACGUACUUAACUUCAUUAGUUUAGGAUAAGAUUUUCGAAAGCAAUACUCGAACGUUUCACUGUGAUUAGAAAAGUAUUAUAUUAUUAAAAAGACGUGACGGUUGUGUUCGUGCAAUUUGUAGCUGUAAGUGUUUAAUGACGGAGCGACUGACCGCUGCGGCGGACGCCAGGCGGGGGCGGGCGGCAAGUAGAGACAGAUGCAUGCGGUAGCUAGCGGACCUACCACCCACCACCCACACCGACACCACUGGCUGGUGACCGGAGGCAGGUUCCCUCGACACACGCCCCAGCAGUAUUAACGAUACACCCUCCGAGACGCGCGUCCAUCGCCUCCUCCCCCCCUCCCAUCUCUCUUCGUUUUCCAUCGCCCCCCCCCCUCCCACUCCCGUUGUUCCAUUCUUCCUCCAGCCAGCGGAGCAGGCGGCGGACUCGGGCCUCGCUCGCUCCUCUAGUACAUUAGCAUUUCCUGAAGUCAGUAUUAUACGGUCGAAGUGAUGUAAUGUUCUCCUACCCUCCCGGCGGCCGCUCUCUUGCCAAAGCGCGGUCUUGCCCGUUAUGUACUUAAUUUACAGCCGUAUAUAUGCGUCGGGGGCUCCGGGCGGGCUCCCCGCGCCGGGGCUCCGCUGACGAAGUAUUUAUAUAUUUUUUUUAUGAACACCUUGUAUUAGUUUAGUAUCGUUAGCGUAGUUUUGUAUGUAGUGGUCUUAGUUCGCUCGUACAUUGUAUGUUGGAGCACUUUCGGUACACGAUGUGUCAUUACAUUAUAAUAAUAGAACAAUGAUGUGUUUUAUUUCAUAGAACCGUUUUUUUUAAUAUUUCUGUUCUUGUGCUGGGUUUGUUUACCUUGGCUUGUAUGCACGGUAGCGGGGCGGAGGCCCCCGUUCGGGCUCCACCGCGGCCUCGGGUGCGCGGUGUCGUCUGUGCGACUACUUACUAACAGUAUUGAGAGUGACGGCAUGCUCGGCAUGAAUCAUACGUAACAGAUUAUCUUCCAAAUUUACUGUCAAUUCUUCUACAGGCGAUUGCCUCACGUUGGUUGUGAGACGUGCUAUUAGCGUGGGCCCCCCGGACCUCGCACCGGGCGUCCGAGAGGCCCACCGGGCCCUAGACACGUAGUUAGACCUUGUAGUGACGCUUCGCUUGAGGCCUACAGUCUUCCUCUUUUGAUCUAACCUUAUUUGCCAAAAACGGGCCAAAUGUUUUGCUCAACUCGACAUGUGAGAGCAGCCAAAUCGUUAUAGGAAAACAAAAGGCGGUUGCGACUAACACGAAAAGAGUGUAGCCAGGGAAAGCCGACACGUCAGUAGCAUAAGUAUAAGACAAUAAAUAUUGAACCGUUCGGAGAUCGACACGCUGAUCGCCAUAGAGAAUAUAAUGGAACAUUCCUCUCUAGUCAUUUUAUAAUUUAAGAUUUGAAAGUUUAUGGGAAAUUCUACAAUAUGUUGCUCAAGUUAUCGCCUAGUAGUAGCGUCUCCUCUAGGGACUAAUGCUUCGCAGUAGUGAUGUGCCAUACACAAUACAUGCCACAGCACAGCAAAGAUACUAUAGUGAUGUACCACAGCUUGUCGCGAUUCCAGGAUAACUGGACCAAUGUAAACGGAAGGUUUUAUUCAUAAGGUUAUAAUAUAUACAUUGAUUAAUAUACAACUUUUGGAUUCUUAUAAGUAUGUUAUGGAAGAAAAUAAAAAUUAUGUUGUGUGUUUUAAUGUACGACAGAUGCUAGAGUAGUGAUGUAGUGUAGUGAUUUUGAAAAUUUACAUACAUAUAUGGUUAAAGUUAAGUAAGUAACCGAAAGCAAUAAAAACAUUUAUCAUAACCAUGAAGCAGCACGCGCGCGCUGCGGCCGCAACACGCGAAUGAGGCACCGUCUCGCAACGCACUAUAUAUAUAGUAGAGGCUCGACAAGAUGGCGGCCACGGCAGCGCGCGCCACACGCUUAGAAUAUUAACGAUAUACACUCGAGCAUACAAAAUAUUACGAUAUUUUUGUAUAAUAAGAUUGGUGUAAUCUGUAGCGGGUUGGUAUUUGUAUUUUAAAAAGUUAAUAAUCGUGAUAAUUAUUCGAAAGUCGUUUAUAAGUGAGAUAUGUGAUUUAAUAUGUUUAAAAAGUAGUGCGUGGAUAAGCCGCUUGAGGCGUGCGGCCAUGUCGGCCACCACCGAACGUCGUGGAGACAGCGCGACACACACAGACACACACACACACACAGACAGACAACAGACACAGUGAUGAUGCUAUCGGGUCGAUAGUUUCAGAUCCGCGUUGGUCGCGGCGACCUCAAGAUGACGGUCGAGUGUUCGAACGUGGCUUAUCUGCCCGACAUCUCGCCAAAGACCAACGCUGACCCUACACUCGGUACAUAGAGGCUGUAUUUACAUUCCUUUGUAUAUUGGUUGGUUGCAUUUCAUGGUAGUGUCUAUUUGAUAAAUAGUUUACCAUAGACUAGUAGAUAUGGGCUGUUUUUUUUUUCUCCACGAACCGCUAAUAGGCGAAUAUUGUGCAAUAAUGUAAUAUUGUGUUAGUUAACCGACGAUACUGUAGGAGAGUGGGGGUUCGUAGUUAGUUUUUGUUUAUGAACUAUCGAAGAUUUCACGAGCAUAGACCUUUCAUAGAACGGAUGUUGACGUUCUACAACCGGCUGUGCAUGUAUCACCGCCAUUUUGUAAACGUCUAUGCUACGAAGUCUUACGUCGCUUUAUUUGCAGAGUAAGUAAUGUAAGUGAAUGUUAUUGUAAUGAUGAUAUUUAUUUGAACCGUAUAGUAUUGUAUGUAUGUAUGUAUGCGUCUCUUUUGUACGUGAACGAGGUCCCCCGGGCCCGCAAAAGGGACGCACCAUAUCAUAGAGUGGGGUCUCUAGAGGCCCAGCUGACGACGCGCCGCGCGCCUCCAACAACGCCUUUUAUAUAUAUGAUUCAUCUUCACUUAGUCGAGAAUUAGAAAUAAAUGGUAAAAAACACAGCUGUUCUUUCAUUUAUCGCUUUUUCGUUCGUACCCUACAUACAAUAGACAGACGACAUUUGCAAGUCGACGUAGCUUAGAGACGGCUUCGGGCCCCAUUCCGGGCGCCAAUAUUUUUCUUUUUGAUUUAGUUCAGUUAGUUGAUGAUCCGAGUUUUUUGGUAGAAAUUAGUUACCAAUUGGAAUAGUUUGAGUAUGUACGAAACCCCCCUCGGACAUAGAUGCAUGAGAACGUGUAAAGAAGCAGAACAGGAGUGCAUGACGAGGAAUAGGCUGAGGAAGAGGACUUGAAGACGAAACCAUACGUAAGAUAAUACUGAGAGACUAUGAGGACGAGGGCGGCCGUGACCCGCGUGACCCGCGUGACCCACGUGACACACGACGAGGUAUAUAGUGGCUCAGUAUUGUUUUAUAAAACACUGCUGUUAUUUGCUUAGAUCUUUUUAGUUUAGUGUUCUUAGCGAAGUGCAUCCCAGUAACUAGACGUAGAGAUAGUGUGGUUUGGGUGCUGGGUUUAAACAUUCCGAUGUAUUUAGCUGGAUGUUAUACACAGUUUUGUUUGUUGAAUAAAUUAAAAAAUUAAUAUACAAAAUGUGAUGUAAUGAAAAUGAAGCUUGUAAAGAAUUUAUUUUUCAAAUCUCGUAGAAGAAUUAGCGUAGUUUAUAGAAAUGAGCAUAUCAUCUUUAAGGAGACACAAUCGCAUUGUGCCUUAAAAUUAGGUUCCAUUAUGACGUCGCUUUGGUUGAAAUUGUAGAAUCGUUAGAGAUGACGUAGAACACGGACCAAUAUAGUUUUGAAAUGAUGACAAUAUUUUUUGUACAAUCUUAUUUACCCCGUUGGCGACGUGGCGAGGAGCUAUCCGCCUAGCGUUUAAUGUAACACAUAGUAACCCUCGUAGUACAAAAUAUGAGAUAAGAGUAAGUGGUCUCAUGAAGUCUUCCUCGACGAUGUACAGACUGAUAUUAAUCGUUAAAAUCCCACUGCUGGGAUGCACUAGAUUUGUUUGACCUGUGAGGGCGCCUGUUCCGAUCGUGUGUCACCCGCCUUAUAGUCUGUUGACGACGCUCGUUCGUCAUCUAUGAUCUGAACAGGCGCCUCGUUUUGUUUAGCUAGUUUCGGUAGUGUUUAAAAUCUUAGACCCUGUAACAUAUUCGAGUCAGUGCCUCCGACGUUAUAACUUAUGUUUCGUGAACGCGAACGGAUCGUUUGUCGUAUUGAUAAUUGAUUCACGGAAAGGUCGCUUGUAAGGGAAUUGUUGAUUUCGUAUGUUACAUAUUAGUUGAGAGAUUACUUUCAUUAUGAGUUCUUUGUAUCCCACAUAUGAGUUUAGUUAGUUUGUAAAUAACUAGUAUGUAUACAUAAGAUUGUUAUCGAUUAUUGUGUGUAUUUAAUGUAUUUUAUCUCUGUAGGGUUUAGAAACUUUCUUAUUUGGUGAAAUUUGAUAAUAGUGAUCUGUAGUAGAUUCUUGAAGACCGCGCUCGCUGGCGGAAGUGACCGCUUCCAACACAAUAACAUAUCGGCCUAAAAUAUAAAUUUUGUUAUAAUAUUACUUCAUUAACGUAUCGACUCCCACUGGUUUGAGAGUUGGUUUCGCCGGCGAGUCGUACAGUUGUCUGAAUAUAACAAUGUGCUCUACGAAUUUGUACAACAUAAGCUCAUUAUCGAGAUUGUCUUAUUUACAUUCAUUAGAAGUAGUUUGUAAUUUGUAAUUCACACUUUACUCCGGAAUGUAUAGAUUUUUUACGGCGAAUAUGGCAACACAGUCGAUGGUGGUGUUGUCUAUGAGAAUAAUUAAAUAUGUUUAUGACUGUGUUGCCCACGGAAUCCUGUGUUUUGACCAUUUUAUAUCACGACCAAGAACUCUACGUGUCUGGGCGAUUAGCGUCACAUUAAACAAUACUCCGAAAAAAAAAACAUUGAAUUGAUAUUAAUAGAUACAGAAUUAAUGAUUGAAAUCCUGAGGAAGAUAUCUGUUUGCUGUUUCAGAUGAAUAGAAAUGGUCUUCACACAAGGUUCGAUAGUUGAGGGUAGUUUUUUAUUGUGACUUUGAUUGUAAAAUGAGAGUUAGCUUGACGAUGAUCCCUCGGAGACGACGCCAACUAACGUUUUAAAUAAAUGGUUUCGAUUCAAA